GGACGAGUCUGGGGAAGACGGUGGUUAUUGAUUGAUGGCUUCGCAGAUUCUGGCGGCGGCGACAGGGAGGACGGCGAUGGCGGCGAGGAGGCAAGCGGUGAACUUGACGGAGGCGGCGGCUUCUAGAAUACGGCAGCUGCUGGAGCAGCGGCAGCGGUCGUAUCUGAAGCUCGGGGUUAAGGCGCGUGGCUGCAACGGCUUGUCGUAUACUCUCAAUUACGCCGAUGAUAAAGGAAAGUUUGACGAGUUGGUUGAAGAUAAAGGCGUCAAGAUAUUGAUCGAUCCAAAGGCUCUGAUGCAUGUGAUUGGCACCAAGAUGGAUUUUGUGGAUGACAAGCUCAGGUCUGAGUUUAUAUUUAUCAAUCCCAACUCAAAAGGACAAUGUGGCUGUGGUGAAUCUUUCAUGACAACCGGUAGUACUGGAGCUACUAAGAACAGCAACUCCUAAGCAAUCAUGGCCAACUUGCGAUGAGACAAGACUUUGACUAACAUAUUUGUCCUGGCAGUGUCGUGUGAUAUAGCAAUGACCGCUGAGAUGGUUCUCAAGUUCAUCUUCUUUGUAAAGCUGAUUCCGGAUUUCUUAACAUGUGGUAUACCUGUAGUGUUUGUGCUUAUUGAAUUGUAUGAACUUUUGUAAUGGUACACACGUAAGAGCUGCCAAAUGUUGGAGGGGGGCAGUAUAAAGAAAUUGUCAUGGGAAUCUAUAAACCUCUACUAAUCUCUUUAAGUGCUUCAGGACAAUAUGCUUCCAGGCUUGGUUGUAUUCAGUCUGUGGAAGUCAUGUUUAUGCUCUCUUUAUUGAAGCAGAAAUCUUGUGAGAAAGAUGAACAUGCCCUAGUAUUUUAAACCACUUAAAUGCAGUGGUAUGCUCACUUCUUUCAUUCUUAGUUCAUUUCUCAUGAGACAUCGUUAC